AUCUUUUAGGGACCCGCGGAGAGCCUCCAUAAUUUGUAAAUAAAAACCUGUAAGGGUCAUGCCAUCAGGUAACGAAUAUCUCUGCAAGGAAUGUCGCUAACACGUAACCUAUGUCCCAUUAUCAAGUUAUUUGAAGGCUAAUUACACCUGUAACAUAUAAAUAUCGACAGGUAACUCAUAUAUUCAAUAUCAUUCAUUUUUAUGCGGCUGUGUGUCUUAUUUUGUGUUUUGGAAUCAACAUGAAGAAUUACAAACUGACGUAUUUUGACAUUCGAGGAAGAGCGGAGAUUUCACGUCUGCUGUUUGCCGCCGCUGGCGUACAGUACGCAGACGACAGAAUUAAACGCGAAGAUUGGCCAGCGCUUAAACCAAAAACGCCUCAGGGGCAGCUACCCAUUCUAACGAUAGACGACACAGCCACUUUACCCCAAAGUCUAGCGAUAGCAAGGUUUCUGGCUCGAGAAUUUGGUCUUAGUGGGAAAACUAAUUUGGAGCAAGCGCAGUGCGAUGUCAUCGUCCAGACGACAGAAGACUUGCGAGCGGAAUGGGUGAAGGUCUUCCGAGAACCGGAUGAGACCAAAAAAGCUGAGCUACAGAAGAAGUUGGUUGAAGAAAUCGUCCCAAAGUUUUGGAAAAUUUUCCAGGACACAGUGGGUUCCAAUUCUUCAGGAUAUAUGGUUGGAGACGGAUUAACAUUGGGUGAUCUCGCCGUAUAUGACGUCAUGGAGAUUCAUACGCGAGAUUAUCCAGAUCUCAUCAAGAACUUUCCACAACUUCAGACGCACAGGCAGAAGGUGGCGAGCACACCAAACAUAAAGAAAUAUCUAGAAAAUCGACCGGUCACCCUGUUCUGAGAGUUUUUUCCAUAUGCAUGUAUCCAAUAUUUUGUAGACAAGUGAAAGAACUUCACUUUUUGAUUCGGCUCAGUUAAGUUGGUACAUUUAUCCGACGUCAAACAGUGUAGUAACCGGUUACGGUAUUUCGAAAACAUCAUCAUCAAAGACGUUCACAGUCAUAAAAUCUAUACAUACUUGUAUUUACCAGUUUGAUUUUGAGCAUUGAUGUUUUCUAAUAUACAUGGUAUUGUGAAACGUGAUCAACUCUGCUGCCCUACCCUGACAUACAAUCUACAUGUAUACAGCGCCAGAUAUUGUUUUAUGAUAUUAAUUAUUUAUAUGUUAAGGUUACGCAGUUGUAUAUUCAUGGUACUAUAUUUCAUAAAAUUUAAAUAAAAUUGACGGAAACGACUUUUCAAUUUAUUAG